UUCACAAACUCCAAUUAUUUUUUAUUUUCAAAACUAUCAAAAUGCGAGUGCUUAUGUAGUGCGUUAUCGUAUGUUUUACUAUAUAUAUAAUGCAUGGUAACACGAGCCACCAAAAUUAUAAGCCCAUUCCUUUUCAAUAAUUUUGUACAAUGUCACGGGGAAUCACUCAAGUCUUUGUUCAUAAAUCAAUACUUGUUCUUAUAAUCCUCGUACGUUUGAGCUCGAGCAUAGAAGAAGACACCAUUUCAGGCAGUGUUGUCAUCAAAGAUCCAGAAACCAUCGUAUCCGAAAAGCAGAUAUACAAAUUAGGAUUCUUCACUCCUCCAAACACCACCAACCGCUACGUAGGUGUCUUCUUCGCCUUCUCAGAGGAAACCGUGAUAUGGGUCGCCAACAGAGAGAAACCCCUCAAAGAUGCUUCUGGCGCCAUAACUCUAUCCCAAGACGGCAAUCUCGUGGUCAUAGACGGAGCUAAUCAAACCGUCUGGUCCACCAAUCUCACUACCUCCCUCGUCAACUCCACCGUCCAAAUCCUCGACACCGGAAAUCUCGUUUUGCGGGACGUUGCCACGGGAGACACGCUAUGGCAGUCUUUCUCAGAACCUACAGACGUGGUGGUGCCGGGCAUGACGUUGAGCCAGAACGUGAAUACAGGGAAGCAGGUGGUGGUGUCGGCGUGGAAAAAUGCCAGCGAUCCGGAGAUAGGGAGCUUCACCGCCGGCCUCGACGUCAUAAACGGGAUCCCGCAACUUUUCGCAUGGAAUGAGGGGCGGCCGCACUGGAGGAGCGGGCCGUGGAACGGGCUGAUAUUUCUGGGGAUAAAGGAGAUGUUCUACGCCUACUUGGACGGUUUCACUCAAGUGACGAACGACACCGCAGGCAAUUUCUUCUACUCGAGGCCGCAAAGUAACGGGUAUGUGACGGCCAGCGUGAAUUCUUCAGGAAGUGUGAUGCGCAAGGCGUGGAAUGGGAUCGAGAAGAGAUGGGACGUGGUGUUGGCGGUUCCUGAAAACGAAUGUGAUAUUUACGGAAAAUGCGGAUCAUUUGGUAGCUGUAAUGCUCUGCAGUCGCCUAUCUGUACUUGUCUGAGAGGGUAUGAGCCCGUGAAUGAGGAUGAAUGGGGGAGAUGGAAUUGGACUAAUGGUUGCAGGAGGAGAAACCAGUUGCAAUGUGGAAGAGGAGAUCGAUUUCAGAGGCUGCAGUAUAUGAAGGUUCCUGACUUUGCUCAACCCUUGCAUUCUAGGGUGCAAGACGAAUGUCGGACCACAUGUAUGGCCAAUUGCUCUUGCAUAGCUUAUGCUUAUGAUCCUAACAUUGGUUGUAUGUUUUGGAACAAUACCAUGAUCGACACUCAGGAGUUCGAUCGUGUUGGUGUAGAUCUCUACAUUCGUCUCUCUGCUUCUGAAUUCGAUAGCCACAAGGGGAGAAAGUUGUACAUCGCAAUUCCAGUAGCUGUGGGUGUUUGCAUAUCUAUUAUGAUCUUCAUUACUUGGUGGUUGAUGGUAAAGAGGAAAGGGGGCAAAGCGAAACAUACAAGUAUUUUGGAAGCAGGCCAAAUGUUCACAACAGAUUCAACUGCAAUUGUACUUAGAGAUGAAUCAAAUGAAGUUAAUAUUGGGGAGUUGCCAAAGUUCACUUUCGAGAUGCUUGCUAAUGCAACAAACCAGUUCCAUGAAGAUAAUCUUCUUGGGAGGGGUGGUUUUGGUCCUGUUUACAAGGGAAUUCUGGCGAACGGGAAAGAUAUUGCUGUGAAGAGACUAUCAGCAGAUUCUGGACAAGGAGUGCAAGAAUUCAUGAAUGAAGUGAUUGUGAUUUCCAAACUCCAACACAGGAAUCUUGUCAAACUACUGGGAGGCUGUGUUGACAAGGAAGAGAAAAUUCUCAUAUAUGAAUACAUGCCAAAUAAAAGCUUGGACGCUUGUAUAUUUGGUCCUACAAAUCCAGCAAAGAAGUUGUUAGAUUGGAAAAUGCGUUACAAUAUUAUUGACGGCAUUGGGCGAGGCAUCCUAUAUCUUCACAGGGACUCCAGACUGAGGAUAAUUCACAGAGACCUAAAGCCAAGUAAUGUACUACUCGACCAAGAUUGGAAUCCAAAAAUCUCUGAUUUUGGCAUGGCUAGAAUAUUUGGAGGCAAUGAAGACCAUGGCAGUACUGCAAGAGUCGUGGGAACAUAUGGAUACAUGGCGCCAGAAUAUGCAAUGGAAGGCAGAUUUUCUGAAAAAUCUGAUGUAUACAGUUUCGGGGUGCUGAUUCUGGAGAUUAUAAAAGGCAAAAAGAACACACAUUAUUUCAAUGAUGAAUGGUCACUGAGCCUUAUAGGAUUUGCAUGGAAAAUGUGGAGUGAGGGUAAUGGUUUAAGCUUCGUGGAGGAAAGUAUAGCAAAUAGAGAGACGGAGGAAGAGAUGAUUCGAUGCAUUCAGAUAGGGCUGUUGUGCGUCCAAGAAUUACCAAACAAUAGACCUACCAUUCAGAUAGCUCUGUCGAUGCUGAGCCAUGAAAUUGUUGAGCUUCCAGAGCCCAACCAGCCGGUGUUUGCCGAGAAUGGUUCGACCCCCACACACCAAAAUGGCUACUCCAAUAACGACCUCACGCUCACUGUGCUUGAUGGUCGAUGACUCCGUCGUCGGAAGUAUCAUAAUAUGCUUUGCUGCGUUAUACUACAUUUUUCUAUUCUUGGAGCUAUUUUGUAUUGAGUGAAAUUACUUUAUUUGUGUGUGUGUGAGAGAGAGAGUAUUUUGUUCAUUAUCAUAAAUAUUUAAUUUAAUAAGACAAAUAUUAAAAUAA